UUUAUGUAUAUAUGCCAAUUUUACGUAGUUUUGUUUUCAAAAUUCUUUAAAUAAACCUAAAAAUAAAAAAAAAUGGUGGAUCAACAGAAGCGACGCCUGGAGGGCGCCAUUAGCGACAUGAUCGAGGACAUGUAUCGCUCCCAUCUGCGGCGCAUGCAGUCCAUAAUGCAUCGGUGCGCCGCCACCUGCUGCGACGAUGAACGCGGCACCUUGGACAGCGUGCAACGUUGCAUUGAGAAGUGCGCCUCGCCCCUAAUGGAUGCCCAGGACUAUUUGCAGAGCGAGCUGGGACAGUUCCAAAGCCAUUUGCAGGGCUGUGUCAAGGAAUGCAAUAGCGAUGCCCGUUCGAAGCUGCCCAGCAAUCCCAACGAACACGAUAUGUCGCGAUCCAGACACUUGUUCGAGGUGUGCACCGGCAACUGUGUGGACAAGCACAUCAAUCUGCUGCCCGGUCUGAUGAAGAACAUACAGAAGACACUCGAUAGGGGUGUGCCGAAGAGAUCGCAUUUGCGUGAUCAAAAGAGUGCGGAUGCUUAACAGCAUAGGAAACCAUCAAUGAUCAAUUGUCGAUGAUCAUAUCAUAUCAUAUCAUAGCACAUUAUCAAUCAAUGAGGUCCUGCUGGCAGCACGAAUUGAUGCUUUGCAGGGGCUACACACGAUCAGUGAUCAGCGAAUGAUCCUUCGAAUCGAAGCUAGGAAACCAAUUCGAGUUCUUUUAUUUCUAUCUAUUUUCCGGUAUUUGUGUAUGUGUCCAUAUGAAUUAAAUUGAAUCAUAUAAGGA